AUGCUGAGGAUUUCAAUCGUUCCAGACACAAAUGUUUUUAUAUCGCACUUGGAUAUUGUUAAGAGGCUCUACGAGGACGAGUUCCCCGUGGACGUCAUCAUGUCUAUAUCAAGAGUUGUUUUGAGGGAGCUGGAUUACAACAAGGGGAAGAUGAUAGAGGCUAGAGAGGCCAUAAGAUUUCUUGAAAAAGUGUAUAAUGCACCAAUAACAGAGCUAGAGGGGAGGUUGAGAGACAGUUCAAUGGAUGUCGUGGACUGCACCAAGCUAAUACCAAAUACGAAGAACAAUGACGAUGAGAUUUUGAAUUUUGCAUCUAAGCAGAUCCAUCCAGUGAUAUUGACGGAUGACAAGGCCUUUUAUCUUAAGUCCAAGUGCUAUAACGUCGAAUCUGUUCUUGUACACAACACAGCAUACGAGGAUCUUAAGCUUAAGAUUCUGAAGAUUUAUACUGGAGUAGAGCCUAUGGACAUCGACGAGGACAGUAAUAAACUAGAGGAAGAUGGAAAGAUAAAGGAACAGAUUAGAGACAAGCUCUUUCCUGUUGUUUUAGCGAUAAUGGAAAAAAGCAUAGGCAAGCCGUACGUUCUUUUUUUUCCAAACGACCUAAAAAUGAUAACCCUUGACUUUUUGCUGGAUCUGAUAAUCAAGGAAAACUACUUGUUCCGCCCUUAUCUCCCGAGAAGAUCAAAAGAAAUAGCUCAGAGUUUGAAGAAGAAAAUUAAGGAUGCACACGGCAACGACCUUCAUGCCCUGGGCUCCGAGCUUCUUAUGCUGUUUAGGAUCGUGUAUUAG